AUGAUGAGGAUGAUGUUACUCACCGACUACGGGUUCGCAGGAUCGCCUAAGCUAAAGCUAUGGGAUUUUAUCCAAACUAGCAGCAAACCGAUGGUUGCACAACCGGGAAUGUUCAAGUUCUCAGCGAUAACCCCGCCAAGAGUUGGCCAGAAAUUAAGUUUAAUGGCGCCUACUCGAUUCCUCGCCCGUACCAUGGGCCCAACGCUCCUCGCCCUCUCAGCCUCAGAAUAUCGAAACUGGGAUGUUUUCCCAAAAAGCUCGCCCGCGGUGGUACUUCUGAACGGUACCAUUCUUUUCGCCUGCGGGGUUGGGAUCGUUCAGUCUCAUAACGUAUGGCAUCCUCCGCAAGCUCUUCUGGUGACGGCACUAGGCUGGUCGAUCUUGGCACUUGGUGCUUCGCGAAUGGCCGUACCGGAACUUAUUUUGUCGUCGGUACAGGAGAGCCAGGGCCCGCCGAAUGCUCUGCUGGUCGGUAUGGGUACCGUCGGUAUUGUUCUUUGCACAAUCGGAUAUUGGUUGUAG